UAACCGGAUGUGAAUGAGUUAUACGUGUAUAUAAAGAAGAAAUUAUCAGCCGCUCUGCUCAUUCUUAACAUAAAACCGGAAUGAUCUUUACACCUCUGUCGAUCCUGUUAGUUCUACUUGCCGGUGCAUUGGCGGUUCCGGCGCCAGCACGUGGAGCGCUGGCCGGAUACUGCAUCGAGUCGGAAGAUUGCAAGGCCAACGAGUGCUGUGUAAGCUUCAACCGGUAUUCCGUAGUCGAUCUGUCCCCUGACCUCAAAAGAUUUGUGGAAGGGAAAUGUGAGCCAUUGGGAGGGCUAGACGCCGCCUGCCAGAUGCCUCCUGCAAAUACGUUACUCCUACAAAUACGCUAUUCCUACGCAUGUCCAUGUAUCAAAGGCGCUUUUUGUUCGCAAAGUGGACGGCUUCCGCCUCGCGUAGAUGGUCCAGGUCUAGGGGUGUGCAAAGCCGUGGGGUGAUGAUAUGAAAGAUAUGGGUGUUUUUUUUUAAAUGUGAUGUCGUUUCAUGUGCUUAAUAAAUAGACACCAUUAGAGCA